AUGUUGUCCAGAGUUGCAGUCAAACCAGCUGCUAUCUUUGCUCGUAGUUUUGCAUCUACAGCAAUAGUAAGGAACUCAGAGUUAUCUAAACCUACUGAUUCCGCCGGUAAAGAAAUCGUAUCAGGCGCUCCAAGGGAUCUUGUUACCAGCAGGGUGGUUAGGAUAUACCAAGAAGCCAAACCUGCCACACAAUCCGGACAUCACAACGGUCACGACUGGAAAUUGGACUGGGACGUUUUAGGGAAAGGUAACAGAUGGGAAAACGAUUUGAUUGGUUAUCAAUCAUCUUCCGAUUACAUGCAAGGAACUAUUAUGAAAUUUGAUACUAAAGAAGCCGCAAUCAGAUUUGCAGAGAACCAAGGUUGGGACCACUAUGUCCAAGAGCCAAAGAAAUUACACUUUAGAAAGAAGGAGUAUGCUGCUAACUUCUACCAUUCGUCUGGUCCAUUGAAGCAUAUUAGAACUAAAUAUGGACAGCGAAGAGAAAGGUAUGAAUCAUACAGGCCAGAUCGUACAGACUCGCGCGAACAGCAUAGUUAUAGAGAUGCUGUCUCGCUGUCUGUGGCUAAUGGUCAGAAACAACUACACACAGAUUAUAAUCACCACCGUGACAGCAAUGAAUACUCGAAAAGUUUGGGAAGCCGACUGUCUCGAUGGAAUUCUACCGAAAAUUCAGGUAGAAAUACGCCUGCAUCUGUUAGAACCGAUGGCUCACUAGUAGAGAAUUAUUCCAGCACCAAUGUGAGAACAGGUCUUAAUCAAAAAGACUUGGAAUAUACUAAACUAAAACACCACCGUGACACCACAAAACGUUUAGAAUCUAUUAAGAAACUGGAGAGUUCUAAAAACUACAAAGUUAUAUAUGACCCCGAACUUGAUCCUGGCCUUACAAAGAGUGAGAUGAAAGCAAAAUCAAAAAAAGUGCGAUUCAAUGGGGAAGGUGUAGUCAGUGCACAGGACCCUCGACUACCGAAUUUAACCCAGUACCUACAAAAACCAAAUAAAAAGUCUUUCAAGUUCCCGUUCAAACAGUUACCACAAGCGAAAUUUAUUUAUGAUCUGGACUCCCUUGGUGACGCACCACCUACCACUUUGGUACUUUGGGAUCUUCCGCUAAGUGUUAACGAAACAUACUUGAAGAACUUUCUUGCAAGUUAUGAGUCAAAAAUUGAAAACCUCAAGACAAUAGACGACCCAAAAUAUGGAGUACCUUUAGGUGUCGCUACUUUCAGGUACCAAGGAACCGCUGAAAAGUCAAAUGUAUUGGCGGAAAAUUUUAUACAAACCGUGAAACGAGACUCCAUCAAGGUUGAUGGCAACCAUUUAAAAAUAGCCUUGAAUGACAAUCAGGAUGACCUUUUGAACCUGAAAAUCAACUUGGCAAGAGGAAGAAUAAUUCAACAGCAAAAGAAGAGGGAAGAAGAAGAAGAGAGGAGGCGAUUGGUGCAAAUUGAAGAACAAAAGAAGUUGGAAGAGCAGAAAAAUGUCGAGGAGCAGAAGAAGCGGGAAGAAGAACGGAAGAAGGAAGAAGCUGAAAAAUUGCAGGCAAAGAAGAAUGGAAUAGUUGUAGCUUGUGACGGCAGUGCUUCCAAAUACAAGAACAAUACUACGGUUUUAUCAUCCAAGCAUGGUAACAAAAUUGUUCACGGUGUCUUUUUACCAAAUGAUUUGGCAAAGUAUGUGAAAAACCGGCCAUAUCUACUAAUCCACGACAAAUAUGUUUCUACUAAAAAGACUUCGUCGCAGGAUAUAAAGAGAGUGUUGAAAAAAUAUGAUUGGACUAGGGUGUUGUCUGAUAAGACUGGCUUUUACAUUGUAUUUAAUUCGUUGAAAGAAUGCGAAAGAUGUUUCCAUAAUGAAGAUGGGCGCCGAUUUUAUGAGUUCAAGUUAGUCAUGGAAAUGGCCAUCCCAGAGAGCUUUCAGGAAGUGGACAAGGAGAAUGAUUUGAGUAACAGCGUUAUUGAUGAGGCCACAAAUAUGCUAGUAAAGGAAUUUGAAGCCUUCUUGGUUAAAGAUAUCAGAGAAAGGAUAAUAGCGCCUCAGGUUUUGUGCCUUCUAGAUCAUGAUCAUUAUCCUGCGUUGGUUGAGGAACUCAGGGCAAAAGAAAAAGAGCAAGCAUUGAAAUCAAAGCUGAGUGUUUCAAAUAUUGAUUUGAAACAAAAUGCCAUGUCCAUCCUAGAGAAGCAAAAGAAGGAUUUGCAGGAAAAGAUACCUUACUUUAAAAGAGCAGAAGAAAGACUCAAAGACAGUAAAAGAGGUAACAGGCGUCCGAUAAUACCGAUGCUGCAUGCUUUGAACCUUGAUGAAGAUGAAGAAGAUGAGGAAGAUAUUUAUGAAUCAGCUAGUGGAUCCAUGACCCCUUUAGCCGAGCCACUAAAGCGAGUUCGGAGCUCGACUGCUACUAGCGUCGUAGAGGAUUCUGAGCUCGAUGAGCCUGCUCCUAAGAGACAUAGAUCAAAACUACAGGAAUCCUACGAAGUUGCUUCGCCAGAGGAUGAAAUGAAGGAAGAGGUAGAAGCAUCUGAUAUUGGUUCCGAUCAAGAGAGUGAGCAUGAGCUAUCAGAGGAGAUAAUCGACGCUAAAUACGGACCUACCGAGGGUAAGCCAAUGACAGUUUAUCCGACUGCCUUAACCACGACUAUUGCUGACUUGAGGACUCUCCAAGAUAUUAUUAUGGAUCAUGAGGAUUUGAAGUUGGCCAACAUGGUUUUGGCUGAUGUAGAGGAGGCGGUGGAUAUGCCUAAUAUGGAGUAUUGGGCCUGGAAGCAAAAUUCCAGUAUAACAGCCUCCCUCGAGGUUGAUGAACAGGAAGCAGAGAUGGAUGAAAUACCAUCUAGGCUUGACUCCACUACUGGAUCGUUCAAGAGCGAUGGCUUUAAGAAGAUUGCAGAAAUUGAUAAAAUCGAGUACUUGCCUCAUCGUAAGAAAGCAAAUAAGCCCAUCAAGACUGUCCAAUAUGAAGAUGACGAUGAUGAGAAACCUGCAGAUAGCAGUAAUGUGUUACAAAGCUCCAGAGUUAAUAGAGCUAAUAAUAGAAGGUUUGCUGCUGAUAUCACUGCUCAGAUUGGUUCUGAAUCCGAUGUUAUGUCCUUGAAUGCACUUACCAAGCGUAAGAAGCCAGUGACUUUUGCAAGAUCGACAAUUCACAACUGGGGUCUCUAUGCUAUGGAGCCUAUUGCUACAAAGGAGAUGAUUAUUGAGUAUGUUGGGGAGAGGAUUAGGCAACAAGUGGCAGAGCAUAGGGAAAAGAGCUACUUGCGAACAGGAAUUGGCUCCUCCUAUUUAUUCAGAAUCGAUGAAAAUACGGUUAUUGAUGCGACAAAGAAAGGUGGUAUUGCUCGGUUUAUUAAUCAUUGUUGUAACCCCAGCUGUACGGCUAAGAUUAUCAAAGUGGAAGGUAAAAAGCGAAUUGUCAUUUACGCGCUCAGGGACAUUGAAGCCAAUGAAGAGCUCACCUAUGACUAUAAAUUUGAAAGGGAAACAAAUGAUGAAGAGCGUAUUCGUUGUUUAUGUGGUGCUCCUGGCUGUAAAGGAUAUCUUAAUUGA